AUGAGCGUGGAGGAAUUUGGUCGGAGGGUGUUGGGAGAGGUGAAGGAGACGAAUCUUGCUGAGCUCUUCGCCAUCGCCCUGAACCAGCUCCCCCCCUCUCCUCCACCACCACCCACCCCUUUCCACCGCCUCCUCUCUCGUAUCGACCACCCCAAACCUCCUUCAGGUUCCUCCCCCUCAGAGCACCCUUCUCCAGCUGUCAUCUCCCUCACGUCCCUCACCCCCGAGUCCGGAAAAUCCCACCUCAUCUACCACCUCUUCACCCACGCCCUCCUGCCAUCCACGUUCAACGGUAUCCCACUCCAUGGCGCCCACUCUACCGCGGUCCUCCUCGAUACGGAAGGCAGCUUCUCAGCGAUACGUCUCGCGCAGGUGAUGACACACUACAUCAAAACGUGCGCUCAAUAUACGCCCCCGUCUCAGCCUCCUUCCCAAGGCCCUUCACUCCCAUCAACUCCCACCAACAACCAUCCCACUCCCACCAAUCUCCCCACUGAGCAUGAACUCGACUCCUUAAUCCUCUCAUCCAUCCACCACCUCCACAUCUUCCGCCCCCAAUCCUUCCCCUCACUACUCGCCACUGUGCGUGAGCUGCCCACGUAUCUCGCGAACCGGUCCAACCACGACUCUGCGGGCAGAGAGCUGUGGGGUGUAGUGUUGGAUUCCGCGGAUGCGUUUGCGUGGGAGGUGAGGGCGGAGUUGGAGCGGGAGCGGUUCGAGGAGGUGGUGCGAGAGAAGUUUGGGAGGGGUGUGGAGGGCGAGGACGAGAGAUGGCGGGAGGGGGGUGAAUGCCGGACGGAAGUGAUUGGGGGAGGAGAAACGAGCGAGGCAGAGCGGGACGCAACUGAGAGCUAUGGCGAGCAGAUCGACCAACCCACCCGAAACCCACCCACCGACAGCGGCAACCACCCCCAUCCAACCUCAUCCGCAAAACCUGGUCCAUACACCUCCCUCCUCACCGCCCUCUCCCACCUCUCCCGUCGCUACCGCUGCCGCAUCAUCACCACAACCUCCGCCACCCGCCACCUCUCCCCCCCACCCUCCGAUCCCCGCCUUCCAUACCAACGCAUCCACACGCUACGCUCGCCGCUUCCGGAGAAAUGGAACGCGUGGCAUAAUGUCCGCGUAUUGAUUGAGCGGGAGGCAUUGGGGCGGAGGCGGGUGAAGAGCGUAGAGGAGGCGAGGGAGGAGGAGGGGAAGUGGUUGGAGCAGGGGAGAUGUGGGGUGCUAGUGGGGAGCGAUUGGCGGAGGAUGGGGAAUGUCGUGGAGGGGGGUCAUGGGAGGUGGGAAGAGGAGAUAGCGGGGCCGGAGGAGUUUUGGGGGGAGGUUGGGAGGGCGCAGAGAGGUUGGGUGAUGAGGGUUGGGAGGGAGGGGGUAGAGAUUGGGGUUGGGGCGGAUGAAUAG